CUGGCCUAAAAUGACAUACUAGGGUAAAAUGGCAUAUCAGCCACUUCUCUAAUUUGAGACGUGGCAACGCUGUCGUAAAUGACAAAAUGUAAUUGGUUUGCAGCUGUGACCUCAGUCGAGUCUACUCUGCGGGGCAGAAUAUACGUGUUUUUAAGAAAUACCGAAAAAAACUUUUUCCGAACCUGAAAACAUUGUUCUGUGGUUUCCUAAUUUCUCGAUAUCACUUGAUGAGGUACAAUAAGCCUAAGUUUGGUUAGUCCAGAUAAUUUGGUUGGAAAGUAUACGCGUAAAUCGACGCGUCAAAAUUGGGGUGAGGCAAGCAUGAGCGAAGCUAUUAAAGCAGUCCAAAACGGUGAUCUGGGCUGGUUGGCGGCAUCUAAAAGAUAUGGUGUACCGCAAGCAACCCUUAGACGAAGGGCACAGGAUAAAAAUAAAAGAAUAAAAGGUUCUCAAAAAGGCUUGGGUCGUUAUGGACCUACAUUUUCUGCAGAACUUGAACGCGAGAUAGUGCAACAUAUUAAGAAAUUGGAAACAUGCAUGUUUGGCCUGAACACAACAGAGGUCAGGCAAUUGGCAUUUGAAUUACCUGAAAGGAAGAAGUUACCCCACAGAUUUAACAGGAUCAAGAAAAAGGCUGGCGGGGAUUGGCUUGUGGGCUUUAGGGGGCGCAAUCCUGACAUUUCACUCAGAACACCGGAAGCCACUUCAGCGGCUCGUGCGCAGGGUUUCAAUAAGCCGCAAGUUGAAAAAUUUUUCAAUUUAUUGGAACAUACAGUAGCGGAACAUAAGACCGUAUCUACAAUGUUGACGAAUCUGCGCUUUCUACGGUUCAACGUCCGCAAAAAAUUAUGGCCACAAAGGGAAGAAAGCAGGUUGGUGCCAUUGCAAGUGUGCAGAACGGGGGGCACACACUUCUGUAGUUUGUGCUAUGAAUCCAAUAGGUAAUUUUGUGCCACCGGCUCUGAUUUUUUCUUGAAAAAAUGGAAGCCAGAGUUAAUUGAUGACGCACCAGCUAGGACAUUGGGCUUGUGUCAAGAAUCGGGCUGGAUGACAGGUGACCUGUUUUGUAAGUGGCUGAAACAUUUUAUAAAGUUUACACAUUCAUCUCAAAAUAACAAAAACCUCUUACUGCUUGAUGGUCACGUUAGCCACAAACAAUUGGAAGUGAUUACGUUGGCUAAAGAAAAUAGUGUCCUAAUGAUUUGCUUUCCUCCGCACUGCACACACCGAUUACAACCCCUGGAUGUAUCAUUUUUUGGUCCUCUAUCUGCUAACAUCUACACCUAACAUGGAAGAACUCAAGGCGAAAGAAGAAAAGAAACGUUUAGUCUUGGAAGACGUACAAAACGUAACCAGGCUAAAGUCAAAUUGUGGACCGAUGAUGAAGAAAAAAAUCAAGAUCCAUUUGCUGAGGUUGAAGACGAUGAUGAAGAUGCUGCGUGUAUCUAUUGCAACAGCCUUUAUUCCCAGUCGAAAUCAGGCGAGCUUUGGCUGCGGUGUCAAAAAUGUAAAAAGUGGAGUCACGCAGAAUGCGCAGGGGUCUCCCGUCGCACUAAGU